AUGGGGCUCGGGGGCUCCACUUCCAGAGGAAUUAAUUUAACUGGACUCAUCGGCUGCAUUGAAGCCCUAAACUUCAACUCCCUCAGUAAAGAAAAUGUGUAUGAGAACAACAAGUUGGCAUUUCGAGUGGCGGAGGAGGAGCUGGGGAUCCCAGCCUUGCUGGAUGCAGAGGAUAUGGUUGCCCUGAGGGUACCAGACAGGCUGAGCAUCCUCACCUAUGUUUCCCAGUAUUAUAACUACUUCCACGGACGGUCUCCCAUUGGAGGCAUGGCUGGAAUCAAGCGUCCUUCCUCUGAACCUCAGGAGCAGCCUCUUGGGAAGAAAGCUGUUUCAGAGCCUCCUAAGCCAGUGCCACCAAAACUGCCUCCUGCCCACCCACCAGCCAGAGCUAAGCCAAAAGAAACCUCCCCAGCCACCACGAGAGGGGUCCUGGCGGAGAGCAGGAACAUCCCUAGCAGCAGCUGUGGAGUCUGCGGGAGCCACGUGCACCUCGUGCAGCGCUACUUGGUCGACGGGAAGCUCUAUCACAGAAACUGCUUCAGGUGCAGGCAGUGUUGGAACGUGCUUCUUCCUGGAAGCUACAGAGUUGGGCCUGAGCCUGGUACGUUUUUCUGUCCCAGCCACCAGCAGCCAGACAAUGUCCAGAUCUCUGGUCUCCACAGCACCGGGAGCAAACCUGAGAGCACCCCAGCCCCUACCAGUGCCAGGGCAUUCCAGAAAGCAGCAGAACCCAAGAAACCGGAGCAGGUGUUGAAGAAACCCAGCCAGGAAGGCCUUACUAAUUCAACCAAGCCAUCUGUUUCAUCUUCUGAAAGCUUUCGCUUCAAAACUGCAAAUACUCCAUGGUCCUCUUCAGCUGUAAAUAAACCAGAUGACUGCAAAGGUACCCCGCUGGGAAAUCGGACAGAUCACCAUGAAGGUACCCCCUCAGGGCCUCUUUGGACAACCUCCACAACAAAGACACAGCAGGCCCGAGAAAAUUUUUUUUGGUCGUUAGACUCCACCAGCAAUAAAACCUCUGACACUAAAAAACAAGUCCCUUCUUCUCACGGUAAAACUGCCUCUGCCAGAACCACUGCUGAGGUCGGUCCAGUGCAUGCUGAGAAGGAUCGGGCACGUAACCAUAUUAUACAGGCUCUGGCUGGAUCAAACACCUCUCCGAACAGGCCAGGAGGACUCAGUUCCACUGGCUCCUCAGCAUCCAGCAGUGGCAAGUUUUCUCCCACCAGUUCUCAAUGGCAGAGUCCAGCUCCAAAAGGACAGUCCAACAAAACAGGGUACACAGCACUAAAACAGGAAAAGAUUACAGACCCUCUGCCCAAGAGCCAGGCUGCCAGCAAACCUGCUGAUUCUGUGCACAAGCCAGAGUCGAAAGGCAUCAAAGGAAGCACAAAUGUUAGUGAAGACAAGUCUGAGAGCCCAGCAGAGUGGAGAUCUCGGUUGAAGCCUGUAGCCAACAAAGACCAAGGUGGCUCUAAGAAACCUACUGAUAACUCCCAGGUGGGAACAGGGAGCCCAGCGCUCAAGGAGACAAAGCCAAGUCCAUUAGUUGUUCCAUCAGCAAAGCAGAACUCUGCUUCAUCUGGUGGAUUCACAAAGAAGAAGUUGAUCCCCAGUGCAGAUCUUAUCAGGAGCUGUCAGAACUCAAAGCAAGGCUGGGAAGACCCUGGGGGCUCUGCAAAGAAGGAGGAAGAGGGCAACCAACUGAAGAAAAGCACUAUCACAGUUAAACCCACUGCUCCGAAAAGCACCCAGAGCCCUGAAGUUGUGUCCCCAACCAAGCUGCACCCAGACUACCUCCCCGAGGAGGAAAUCCAGGAGAAGGUGCGCGACAUCGAGAAGCAGCUGGAUGAGCUGGAAUUGAAAGGAGUGGAUCUGGAGAAGCAGCUACGUGGCUGUGAGGGAGACGAGUCUGAGGAUGCCCUCAUGGUGGACUGGUUCAAACUGAUCCAUGAGAAACAGCUGCUGCUCAGACAAGAAUCGGAGCUGAUGUACAAGAUGAAACAGCAGAAGCUGGAGGAGCAGCAGUGGAACAUUGAGACAGAGCUCCGACACCUCAUGAACAAGCCAGAGGAAGCAAAGACACCCAGGGAGAAGGAGCGAGAGAAGGAGCUGCUGGAGUCAUACCUGAACACAGUCAAUGAUCGGAAUAAUAUUGUGGAGUGCCUGGAUGAGGACAGACUCAGAGAACAAGAGGAGGACCAGAUGUUGGCAGACAUGAUCCAGAGGUUGGAUGGAUCUCUAGAGAGCCAGGAGUCGGAGAAGAAGAAGAACAAGUUCCGCUUGUCCAAAAUAUGGAAGCAGAAAAAUAAGACUAAAGCUCAGGAGUGA